UCUUUAAAUAGAAUUUGUUAUCUGAAGAAAUGGAUACUUCUCCAUCCAAAACAUAUCCUGUUAAAAAACGGGUGAAAAUACAUCCCAACACAGUCAUGGUAAAAUAUACCUCUCAUUAUCCCCAACCUGGGGACAACGGGUAUGAAGAAAUCAAUGAAAACUAUGGCAAAUUUAUGGAAGAAAAUCCAAAGAAAAGCCUGCUGAGUGAAAUGAAGAGGAAAGGAAGAACUUUGUUUGGAACCAUGGACACGCAGCCUCCUCUAACAGAAGAUUUAAGAGCGAGUGGGAUGGCACAAUUCCAGAGCUUUGCAGAAAAAAACAUUUUUCAGUCCCGAAAAAUGUGGAUAGUGCUGUUUGGAUCUGCCUUGGCUCAUGGAUGUGUGGCUCUUAUCACUAGGCUUGUUUCUGAUCGUUCUAAAGUUCCAUCUUUAGAACUGAUCUUUAUCCGUUCUGUCUUGCAGGUCUUAUCGGUGUUAGUUGUAUGUUAUUACCAGGAAGCUCCUUUUGGGCCCAGUGGAUACAGAUUACGGCUUUUCUUUUAUGGUGUAUGCAAUGUUAUUUCUAUCACCUGUGCGUAUACCUCCUUUUCAAUAGUUCCUCCCAGCAAUGGGACUACGAUGUGGAGAGCCACAACCACAGUUUUCAGUGCCAUUUUAGCAUUUUUACUUGUAGAUGAGAAAAUGGCUUAUGUUGACAUGGCUACGGUAGUUUGCAGUAUCUUAGGUGUAUGUCUUGUCAUGAUUCCCAAUAUUGUUGAUGAAGACAAUUCAUUGAUAAAUGCCUGGAAAGAAGCCUUUGGGUACACUAUGACUGUGAUGGCCGGACUGACCACUGCUCUUUCUAUGAUAGUGUACAGAUCCAUCAAGGAGAAGAUCAGCAUGUGGACUGCACUGUUUACCUUUGGUUGGACUGGAACAAUCUGGGGAGUUUCUACUAUGUUUGUCCUUCAAGAACCUAUCAUUCCUUUAGAUGGAGAAACAUGGAGCUAUCUCAUUGCUAUAUGCAUUUGUUCUACUGCAGCAUUUUUAGGAGUUUAUUAUGCCUUAGACAAAUUCCACCCAGCUUUGGUCAGCACAGUACAGCAUCUGGAGAUUGUGGUAGCUAUGGUUUUACAGCUUUUAGUGUUACACAUAUUUCCUAGUGUUUAUGAUGUUUUUGGAGGUGUGAUCAUUAUGAUUAGUGUAUUUGUCCUUGCUGGCUAUAAACUGUACUGGAGGAAUGUAAGGAGGGAAGAUUAUCAGGAAAUACUGGACUCUCCCAUUAAAUGAAUACCUGGUUAUUAUUAUCUUCUCAAUGUCUAGUUAUUAACAUGGUCAUUGCCAUUUUAAUAUUUACUUGUAGUGUCUUUGUGUUACAUAAUUUAUAGAGUCUACAUAGUACAAAUAAUUAUACAGA